UGUCUUUAAAAUGGCUAUGCAGGUCUAUGGAGUGUUUGGAAGACGAAGAACAAUCUGGUUAUAUGGCACCUGUUGUGAAAAGAAUUGGUCGUAGAUAUAUAGGCUAUUCAUGGUCCGUUCUUCAUCGAGUGGAUUUUUAAAAAAAAAAUGAAUUUUACAUUUAGAAAGUUUGCCUAGUAGUUUUUUGGCCUACAUUAUAAAACUUUAUUACACGGCUUUACGGAAUACUUGAUUCUUAUUAGCCAAUCACUUGAUAGCGAUCAAAUUUUUGCGAAUAUUAAUGAGACGCUGAAUAACUGACAGCUCGACAGUUAAACCGUUUCAUAGCUUUGUGUCACUACAGGUUAUCAAGUAAGAGCUCAACAACAAUAUAUUUGUUUGUAGACAUAUGCCUAUAAGCGGGAUAAUGUUUAAAAUGUUGGUUACCCGCUUAACAAAAGUAUAACCGACUAACUGUAGUGUCCUACACAAGGCUUGCACGUUAAACUUAAAUUUAGCCUAUACCCUUUAAAUUUUAAAUAUAAAAUGUUUAUAUAAAAGCAAUUCUCAAUCUGUUUAAAUGGUAGUGGUGGACGGGCGUUCAUUACGGUAAGAGCAAGGUGAUAUUUGAAGGACUAGUGAUGUAUGGCCCAUGUGAGUUAUUGCUUGUCACUCCAGUCUCCAGAGGCGAGGGGACGGGAGGCUACAAGCCCGCACUCCUAGCUGUUCGCCUGGGCUGUCCGUGGGAACGCAAACGGCAGUAGUUUUGCGGGGACGUCAGCGUAAAAUGCCUUGAUACUAUAAUAAACGAUAAUGGGUCCGGAAAAGUAAGGUUUAGAACUGCCUUUGCGCACGGUGGAUGUGUCCGGCCCGUCUCCAACUAACAGAGCAGAAGAAACGGAGCUGUGCGGAGAGAGUCACUCAGAGGAUUCCUUUGUGAUGCCCGCUGACUGCGAUCUGUGGAGGGUGAAGAUGCCUUUUCACCAUGUGAGAGCAGGGCUGCUCUACACAGACAACUUCCUGAGCACCUCUCUCUCUGAAACCAGUGAAGAACAGCUUGCCAACAUCUCCACAGAGGAGCUUGGUGAGAUUCGUGAGGCGUUCCGAGUUUUAGACAGGGAUGGUAAUGGAUUUAUCUCAAAGCAGGAGCUGGGUAUGGCCAUGCGCUCUCUGGGGUACAUGCCCAGUGAGGUGGAGCUGGCUAUUAUCAUGCAGAGACUGGAUAUGGACGGUGAUGGACAGGUGGAUUUUGAUGAAUUUAUGACAAUAUUGGGACCUAAACUCGUUUCUUCUGAAACCAGAGAGGGCUUCUUAGGCAGCACUAUAGACAGCAUAUUCUGGCAGUUUGACAUGCAACAGAUGUCCCUGGAGGAGCUCAAACAUGUCCUGUUCCACGCCUUCAGAGACCAUCUCACCAUGAAGGACAUCGAGAAUAUUAUCGUCACAGAGGAAGAGAGCUUGAAGGAGAACUCAGGAAACUGCCAGACCGAAUUUCAGGGAGUGCAUUCGAAAAAGAAGAAUCGUCAGACGUGUGUCCGCAAGAGCCUCAUCUGCGCUUUUGCAAUGGCCUUCAUCAUCAGCGUCAUGCUCAUCGCAGCCAAUCAGAUGUUGCGGAAUGGCAUGGAGUAGCCCCGCCCACUGUGAACCCUGGUUGAUCUGACCUCUACUUAAGAAACAUGCAUUAAAAGCUACACUUUAUUUUAGUUUGAAGAGUGUUAGGGCGACCACAGUACAGAGGAUGUGAAUCCCAAGCGAGAUUUCUCUCUUAUAUUUAUAAUGUCGAUUGUGAUUGUGACAGACAGAAACAACAGUGAGGAAUGUCCUCCAUCAUCAGCUUGACAGCGACAUGCAAGGGCUCCUCACUGAAUAUCAUUUAAUGCAAUAACAUGCCGUGUCCCUCUGCGCUGCGUGUUUUUCUCAUUCCCUGUCUUUGAAAGGCGACGACUUUGUACAUUAUCUCACUCCAAGCUAUGUCAGAUGGGAACGAUGAGGAGUGAUUGGCAGCCUGUCCAACUGAGCCACUGCAGGAUGUCUGGCAUCAAGAGUGUGUGCAUGUUCAUCUCAAAUGCAAUGUCCGAUUUGUUCUGAGCCUUACUGUGUUGAAGCUCAUCUAUGGAAAUCAUUGAAGAUAUUUUUUAGUGUUGAAGGGACUGUUGGGUAUUUUGGAAUAGCAUACGACCAUACUAUUACUUUUACAGUAUGCAGUAUACUGUGUACAGUAUGCAAAGAAAACUCCUAUUACCAAAAUAUGCAGGAUACAACCUGCAUGGGAUACUGUAUCUCACAAUGCAUCUGAUGAAUCUGAUGUGAUGAAUGAGCCAGAAACUAUUUCAGCUGAUUUUUAACAUCUCCAUCUUUGGCUGAACUGUAAGUACUUGCCAUAUUUCCAAAGUGAGGCAAGUUUAUUUACAUUACAAUAGCAUAGGGGGAGAGGGAGACAUUUAAAACAAAAUAUUUCAACAUCAUUUAAGAACAUAAAAAUGAGUAAGGUAAGAAAGAAACAAGUUUAAAUAAAAGUUUAAAAUAAUAAUUGAUAGCAGUCGUUGAACUAAACAUGCAGUGUCAAAUUAAAUGACAACAGCAUCAAAAAAUAGUUAGACGUACACUACCGUUCAAAAGUUUGUGAUCAUAAUUAUUUUUUUUUAUUUGUAAAAAACUUCUAUGCAAGGAUGCAUUAAAGGUACAGUAAGCAAUUUCUGAGAAACUGCUGAUAUUUGAAAUCAGCCCGAACACACACUGCCUUCAUUGCUUCGGCCCCAAAAUACACAAACACACAAUGCAAGAGUGGAUGCUACGGAAGAGGAUUAGGGCCAAGCAAUAAUAAAAAA